GAUCACACGAACCAAGAUGGCUGCCAAUAUGCGAUGGCCUGAGAAAUCGAAGUUGUUUGAUGUGAUAUGCUUAACACCAGAUGUUUCCUCCAGUUGCUAGAAUACACUGAGCAGUACCAUGUCUACAUCAAGCAGUACCUCGUCUGCACUGAGUUGUGUCGACUAUGGCCAGACAGCUGAGGACCACCAGUCCCUGCUUGUCCUUGUUCGCCAUACAGGAGGCAAGCUCAAACAGCAGAGCUUUGCCCGGGCCUGGGAAAGAAUGAAACGCCUCAACUGCAUUCACAUCCAGAAUCAAAACCGAAAUAUCUACGUCCGUUACAAAAGAGGCUAUCCUAAGGAAAACAAUGAAUGGGGAGAUUUCCAAGCACAUCGAAAAGUCCUCGGUUUAAUAUCUGUUGGACACUGCUCAAACCAUAAAGAAUUUGAAGACCUAUUUGAUCAUUACAAACGGGUGAAAGAGGAAUAUGCCAACACAAUUUUCAAUUCCCGUUUAGUUGUGUUUGGUAUGAACACUGAUGGGUCACCCCUUGCUGAGGAGGAGGGUAAAAUCGGUGAUAUUCGGGAGAGUAAGGUUGUGGUGGAGAAGACAGUUGUAGAUAAUAAGGAUGAAAACGAGGGCAGAACCUCCCCCAACAACAACUUGAAAACGGAUCCUUUGUCAACCAAUGGAGAGAAGGACAGAACGGAAAAAGGACAGAAGGAUAAAAGUUUACCUAGUGUAAAGAGACAGCACAGUAAUAGUUUGACUAAAGAAAGCACAGGGGCUGAGGUUGUGUUUUAUCCAGAUCUGGAACAUUCGGCUGAUCUAGAGGACAGACUUAAGGAGUUCAUUACGUCAUUGUUUUAUGUAUUGGAGGGCAAAAGACUGGACAGGUCCUUUGAACGAGCUGACCGUCUACAUCUACUGUGUGCUCCAUUUGAGAAGAAAGAUUAUGUUGGGGUUGACCAGGAAACCAAGUCUUUCAAGAAGAAGUGUAUGGGUCGUCUACGGAAACACCUGGCUGAUCUGUGUCUCCAGGCAGCCAUGCCAGGGGAGGCAAUCCUGCACUACCAGACAGCCAUGGACAUGCUGCGCAGUGUGAAUGACUUCCUUUGGAUUGGAGGCUGCUAUGAAGGACUUAGUUCUGCAUCAACCAUUCUGACAUACCCACGGAACGGCAGCAACUCAGUCCCACUGCGUAGGAACCAGUCAUUUUCUGUCAAGAGGGGUGCUGCUCUCAUGAACGACAGCCUCCCUUCAAAGUCAUCGACCUAUGCGAAUGGCCUUGACCUAGCUGAUGCCACUGCUCAAGGUGGCCUUCACCCUGAUGACAUCAUUGAGAAAUACAAAGACGCCAUUAUGAACUACAGCAAAUACAAGAAUGCUUCAAUGAUAGAGAUGGAGGCAAGCUUCAAAGCAUGCAGAGUUCUCAUCAUGCAGCGGAAAUACCUCCAGGCAUCAGAUUUCCUACAGAAUGUGGUCUACAUCAACCUACAGUCCUCUGAAGAAGAUAAGAUCCAUCGGUACAGCACCCUGGCUUCCCUGUACACCCAGGUGGGCUUCCACCGCAAGGCUGCAUUCUUCAAGCGGGUGGCGGGGAUGCAGUGUGUGGCGCCAGGGACGUCGGUGGGCUGGCACCAGUGCUACUACUUACUGGUCCAGGCUCUAGCAGGAUACAGUAUUUCUCUUGAUCCUAAGGAAUUCCUUACAGAUCAUCCCAAUGGAUGGCCUGUGAUCCAGUACCGUAUCAUGCAUGAACUUGUGUACUCUGCCCGGAGGAUGGGCAACCCACAGCUGGCUGUCAGACACAUGACGUUCCUGUUGCACACAAUGCAUGACAAAUUGAGCACAUCUGAACGCCGGGAUGCGAUCAGUGGACUGGAGACUUUGACAGCCAAAUGUGAAGGAACGCCUCAUCCUCUUCCCUUGGAGAACUGUCAGAUCCUGCCUCCAGUCCCUCUCCUCAACUUCCCCAUUGUCAGGUGUUUCAAGGUUGUGCCCCCUGUGCCUCACCUGCACCCCCAGAAACUCUCCACUGACUGUGAUAAACUCCAAAUCAGGGUCUUCAUCUACACACCUCUCUCCCUCGACUCCGACAAGGAUGCCAAGACAAACAAGUGUGACUUCCUGUGGGUUGAGGGGGACAUGUGUGAAGUGCACCUACAGGUGUUUAAUCCUCUCCCUGAAGAGCUCAAGAUUAACUAUAUGGGCUUGCUGACAGAAGGUAUUGAGAUGGAGAUAUUCCCAGCCAAUCCAUCGGUGCCUGCUGAGUCCGGCCCAGCCUUCAUCAAACUGUAUGGCAAACCCAAGUCUGUAGGCCAACUCUCUAUACUGGGCUACAGUACUCUAGUCCUCGGGGUCCGUAGCAACUGUCUGAAGGACCUCGCCCAUAUACCUCAGCCUCACUUUGACGUUGAUGUUGUCCCCGGCCUGCCCCAGGUGUCACUGUCAUCAUCACUGCCUAAAGCUGCCAGCUUCACAUCUGUGGGAGAUGGAGCCAACGUGGUGGCCAGUGCAACGGCCUUGCUGUAUGCAGGACAGAGCUUGGAGUGCCUGGUGACCCUCCAGAAUGGCUCCUGUCUUCCUGUGGAGAGGCUGGAUGUAUCACUGGAUACAAAACUAGAGCAUGAUAUAGAAGAACGGAUGUUUUCCUGGAGUGUUGACAAUAUUAAUUCCCAGCUUCCACUUCAACCAGCCAAUCAGCUGUGCUUCUCUGUCUGUAUCUAUGGUUACAGUGACUUCCUGUCAUCAGACCUUCAAACUCCAGACAUGCCUUCUCCUGUGUAUUCCAAUCGGUCGCGAUCAGACAGCUCAGAAGGAAAGGCGGUGGAGGCUAUCCUGUCCGUGCAGUACAGUGGUAACCCUGGUCUAGAGGCUGGGUACUGCCGCCAGUGUUCUCUAGCCCUCACCAUCGACAUACUGCCGUCUCUACAGAUAGCUAACUGGGAUGUACAGCCAGCCCACAGCCGGGAUCAUUGUGUGAUACUGUUUGACAUACAGAAUGUGACAAGUCACCAGUUAGAUCUAGAAUACCAAGAUGGCAAGACAAUCAUCACAGAACCCCAGCAGUGUCGAAGGAUUGCUGUAGAAAUCCCCCGUGUUGACUUCCAACCGGAGAAGAUGAAACACGACAGUACACCAUGCAUGCCGAGUGUGUAUCGGCAGUGUCACCCCAUCAAUCACCACAGUCAGUACCUGGCAGACUACGUGGACAUCAGGUGGACAAUUCCUGCCACUAAGGUGAGUGGUAAGCUUGGCAUUGAGCAUCUGACGUGGAGCAAGGACCAGCUGGAGUUAAUCCAGAAAUCUCCUGUAGCAUGGGAGGUCCGCCUCAACGACCAGCUGUACUUGUCCCCCGAUGUGCCAAAGUUCUCUCUCAGUGACGUACUGGAUGUACAGGUGGCGUUCACCAACAGGAGAGGAGGCGAGCAAGUCCAGCUGAUUCUCCAGAUAGAGCCGGUCCAGGUGUGUGGUGAUGAGAUGAGAGAAUGCCACGAGGUGUCCGUCCUUGGAGUCAAUACUCUAUGUGUCUCACAGCUUUCCCAGUCAGCCAGUCUCCAACAUUCAUGUGCCUUCGUCUUCCACUCCCCUGGCUUCUACAGACUCAAUAUACUGUGCCACUCCUUCAUCCACACUUCAUCAGAAGCCUCACGACAGAUGUCAGUUGCCUCUUGUGUGUCUGUUAGUGACAGGCAGAUGUCCACUGAUAGUGGUGACAUUCCAUCAGAAGAGAGUCACACCUCUGUGAACAAUAUUGAAACAGAUGACAAACAGACAUCUCAAGUGGCUGAUAGACUGUCUUGUGCCAACAUGAACCAGACACAGAUAAUCUGGAGGUGUGAACCAGUCCCUCAGUUUCAGAUCAUCGACUGAUAGUUCCACAUUUCAUCAUCAACAAUCUUCACCAGGAUUACAUCCCCGCUUAGGGAGCAUCAGCCUGAGAACCACUCAGUACGUGUAACAGUACAAGCACAGGCAACCAGCACAGGCAACAACACAGGCAACAAUGAAAACAGGCUACACCUGCUACCAACACAUGCAACGAAAACAGGGUACAACACCAGCUACCAACAUAGGCAACAACGUUGGCUACAACACCAGCUAACAACACGGGCAACAACAUUCGCUAACAACUCUUGACAUCCAUUCAGACCAAAAGUGUCUCUGGUGUUCAUCCAGUGUGUAUUACAUGACCUGUUUCUACGGUCAGCCUAGGACUUGGAACUGUCACAGGAGGUCUGGGAAUAGGAUUUGACCUCUCUAACCAUUACCUGAUGCUGAUGAGAAAAGCUGUCAGUGUGGUGCUGAUGCUGUAUUAAGCUAAAGUAGCGUCACACGGUCUCCUUGACGAUGAUGUACUUAAGUCACUGGCUUCAUCAACCAAUCUUAGCUUUGGAAAUGUAAGAAAUACAUAAUUAGAAAAAAAUCAGUUUUGUAUACUAAAGGCCUCAAAAUAUGUCAUGGACACUGACCGAUCGGUGUCUUGUUGAUAUAGAUACUGAAUCUAUGGGGAAGCGACAAACUGAGGGAUGGUACUGGUUUCUAUUUAGAAAUAUCUUUUACACAUGAUCACAAAGGCAAACUAAGAUAAAUGCAGUGUAUGAAAUAAGCCAAAAAAUCCGGCCAGACCAAAUAUGGGGAAUUUACUCAGAUGUAUGGAACA